UUUCAGCGGACUCUGGUCUCCGUGUCGUUGGCCGGCGAUUGUUGAAUCGGAGUAUUCCGUUCUCUUCCGAGUCUAAUUGAACCCAUUCUUCAGUUCGUGUUCGUGAGUUCCAAUCUCGGUUCAAGCUAACGACCCGUAAAAGCCUCACCUUUUCCUCGAGUGGGUGCUGGAGUCAUGAAUCGCUUCUCAUCUACUUCAGUUUAACGUUUUCUGCUGCUGCCUUUCUCACUGGUCCUCUGUACAUCUACUAGGAGUUCAUGUUCAAAUCUUAAAUCUUAUUUCGUGGAUAAAGUUUCAAUUGUAAGAGUUGCAGAAACUUCUUCUAAUAUAGCUCAAUCUACUCUAAGUGCUCUGUUGGUCCUUUACGAGACAAGGAGAGCCGAUAAUGCAGGAAGGUUCUUUGUUAAAAGGUCGGUAAGAGAGCAACGGUUGAAUGAUUCAUUGAUGCCCAGAAGAUUAAUAACAUCCCCAACAGGCGUUCCUGGAAAGGAAGGUUCUCCAAUAGGUUGCAUAUUAGAGAAUGUUCCAAAGACAUUUGAUUCUUGAUGUGGAAACUUCAAGAUUUCCAGAAUUUAGAUAGGCCUCCUUUAUGGGAGUUCUAACGAAUUGGUGCUUUAGUUAUAGUGUUGGUUUCGGCAAAUUUGUCACUCCCUGCUUCUAUGCUUCACCAUUAUUCUUUCCUUCUCUUGGUACAAAUUCUCAAAUCCAACAAGUAAUCUCUUUUUCUCUCAGGAGAAGCAUUUUUUAUGCACUUCUUCACUACACCCAUUUUGACCAGAUUCGUCCAGUGUACUCUACUUUACAGAGAGACCAUCCCAUACAGAGUCCAAAGUCCAUUAAGUUUUACCUUUCAAAAGAAGUUUGCUCAUGGGUUCUUUCUUUCUCCAACUCAAGGUCUUUGAAAGAGGGUAUGUGCGUCCACAGCCCCAUAAUCAAGUUGGGUCUUCAGGAUGACUUGCUCCUGAACAACAAUCUGUUGUCGCUCUAUGGGAAAUGUUUUGGAGUGGAACAAGCAUGGAAGAUGUUCGAUGGGAUGUCUGACAAGGAUGUUGUUUCCUGGACUGGGAUGAUAUCUGCUUAUGUCAGGAGCGGAAAGCAUGAAGAGGCACUUGAAUUAUUUAAUUGGAUGAUAGUUUCUGGUUUGGUCCCUAAUGAGUUUACAUUCUCAAGUGUCUUAAGGUCAUGUUCCUCUUUGGGGGAAUUUGAGUUGGGAACUUGCAUACAAGCACGGAUAAUAAAGCAUGGAUUUGAGUCAAAUCCAGUUUUGGGAAGUACUCUGAUAAAUCUCUACUCUAAAUGCAACAAGUUUUUGGAAGUUUCUGACAUAUUUGCAUCUAUGGAAAAUGGUGACACGGUUUCUUGGACUGCAACGAUCUCUUCUUUUGUCCGAGCUCGGGAUUGGACUCAGUCUCUAAGAUUGUAUUCACGCAUGAUUAGGAUGGGAGUUCCUCCAAAUGAAUUUACCUUUGUGGAACUUUUAGCCGCAUCUGUUUUUCUUGGUUUGGACCAUGGGAAAUUAGUUCAUGCCCACGUGAUACUGUGGGGAAUCAAGCUGAAUAAGAUUUUAAAGACAGCCCUUGUAGAUAUGUAUUCAAAAUGCCAAAGGAUGGGAGAUGCUGAGAAGGUUUCAGUCCAAACGCCUGAAGCUGAUGUUUUACUAUGGACAGCCCUGAUUUCUGGUUAUACUAGAGUUCUGGAUGUUGCUGGGGCAAUUGCAAUAUUCCGCAAGAUGAUUACUCGUGGAUUCAUGCCAAAUAAUUUCACUUAUGCUGGAGUUUUGAAUGCUUGCUCCUCUAUCCUUGACCUGAGGCUGGGGCAACAGAUCCAUCUAAAAGUAAUUCAGGCUGGAUUGGAGCAUGAUGUCUCGGUAGGAAAUGCCCUUGUGGAUAUGUACAUGAAAUGCUCCUCAUUGAUGGGUUUUGCCUUGAAAGCGUUUGAAGAGAUACUGUCACCUAAUAUUAUCUCUUGGACAUCUCUAAUUGCUGGCUUCACUCAACAUGGGUUUGAAGGUCAGGCAUUUCAGGCAUUUUUUGAGAUGCGAAUUGUUGGGGAGGAACCCAAUUCCUUCACCCUCUCAAGCAUCCUUAAGGCUUGUCAUAAAGUUGGAUCUCUAAAUCAAGUGCAGAGCCUUCAUGCUUAUAUACUUAAAACUAAAUUGGAUACUGAUACAACUGUUGCAAAUGCUCUGAUUGAUGUCUAUGCUAGACUGCAGGUGUUGGAUUAUGCAUGGCGUGUCUUCAACAUGAUGAACCACAGAGAUGCCAUAACAUAUACUAGCUUGGCCACAAUGAUAAAUCACAUGGGUAAUCAUGAAAUGACAGUAAAUAUCCUUACAAACAUGCAUAACAAUGGUGUUAAAAUGGAUGACUUUAGCUUAGCCAGCUUCUUAUGUGCUUAUGCAAGCUUAGCUGCAAUAGAGCCUGGGAAGCAGCUUCACUGUUAUGCAGUGAAAUCAAGCUUAUGCAGAUGGAUUUCAGUUUCAAAUGGUCUGGUUGAUUUUUAUGGAAAAUGUGGUAGCAUGCAUGAUGCUUGCAGAAUUUUUAUGGAAAUCACUGAGCCAAAUAUUGUGUCAUGGAAUGGCCUGAUAUCUGGGUUGGCAUUGAAUGGGCAUUUCUUUUCUGCUCUCUCAAGAUUUGAAGAUAUGAAAUUGGCAGGGAUAGAACCCGAUAAUAUUACAUUCUUAUUAGUGCUUUAUGCUUGUAGCCAUGGUGGUUUAGUUGAUCAGGGCCUUGAGUAUUUUCACUCUAUGAGCAAAAGUUAUAACAUGAUUCCUCAGCUUGAUCAUUAUGUUUGCCUAGUUGAUCUCCUUGGCCGAGCUGGUAGGCUAGAGGAAGCUGUAAAUGUGAUAGAAACCAUGCCUUUUACAGCAGAUGCUUUGAUCUACAAGACCAUGCUGGCUUCUUGUAGAUUACAUGGUAAUAUAGCUCUGGGCGAAGAUAUGGCAAGGCGAGUUCUUGAGCUUGACCAAUCAGAUCCAGCAAUUUAUGUGCUGCUUGCAAACAUGUAUGACGAUGCUGGCAGGUCAGAUUUAGGCAAUCAAACACGCCAGUUAAUGAGGCAGAGGGGUUUGAGGAAGAAUCCAGGCCAGAGUUGGAUAGAGAUAAGGAACAAGGUCCAUGUCUUCAAAGCAGGAGAUAGAUCACAUCCACAGAUAAAUGAGAUUCAUGAAAAGUUAGAAUCAUUGGGUGCAAGACUAGAUAGUUUAGGGUAUUCAUAUGAGGACAAUGCCAGUUCUUCUUAUCAUAGUGAGAAGCUGGCAGUUGGUUUUGGCCUUCUUGGUACAACAUCAAGGGCCCCGAUACGCAUAAUUAAGAAUUUACGCAUUUGCAAAGAUUGUCAUACCUUUAUAAGGCUUGUGACCGAGGUGGUUGACAGGGAAAUUAUUAUGAGGGAUGGAAACCGCUACCAUAUGUUCAAGAAAGGUGAUUGUUCAUGCAGAGGCUAUUGGUAAAUGUAAAUGGUUAGGAAAAAGAUUCCCCUCCCCCCCACCUUUUGUUUGUUUUUUUCCCUUCUUUCUCACUGUGGAAGAAUGAUCAUUAAAUCACCAGUUUGGACUUCUAGUUCUAUUAAAAUAUGUUUACUAUUUAUUUAUAAACCAGCCCAACUUAUUAGUUCUUAAAUUUGUUCUGAGGUCAGUUAGUGCCUUGUCAUCUAUACUUUCAGAUUA